UAUUAUUAUAUUAGUUUAAUUGCAGUAUCAUGACGUCACCUAAGAAAAUAUGCAUCGUAGGAUCUGGAAAUUGGGGAUCAGCCAUAUCUAAAAUUAUUGGAAAAAAUGCAGCAGAAAGCGGUGAAUUCCACGACACGGUCAAUAUGUACGUUUAUGAAGAAAUGAUCGAAGGACGUAAAUUGACAGAAAUAAUCAAUAAUGACCAUGAAAACGUCAAAUACCUCCCGGGCCACAAGCUACCAGAAAAUGUGGUUGCCGUACCUGAUUUAAUGGAAGCAGGCAAAGAUGCAGAUAUAUUUAUUUUUGUGGUCCCACAUCAAUUUAUCAAAAGACUAUGCGAUCAAUUGAAAGGCCAAAUCAAGAAAGAUGCCAUCGGUAUAUCUCUAAUCAAAGGUGUGGAUCACUCUGAAAAGGGACUUCGCCUGAUUAGCAGUAUAAUUCACGAGAGUCUUGGAAUUGAUAUCAGUGUUUUAAUGGGUGCCAACAUCGCUAGAGAAGUAGCAGAUUCUAUGUUUUGUGAAACUACAGUGGGAUGUCGGUGUUCCAAAAAUGGCCAAAUAUUCAAAAAUCUGUUGCAAACACCAAAUUUUAGAAUUUGUGUUGUGGAAGACCUUGAAACCGUUGAGAUUUGUGGAGCUCUAAAAAAUAUUGUGGCAUGCGGAGCUGGGUUUGUUGAUGGAUUGGGUUUAGGGGACAAUACAAAAGCUGCAGUUAUUCGUUUAGGAUUGAUGGAAAUGAUGACAUUUUCGAGGGCCUUUUUUGCUGAUAUUAAACCCCAGACAUCUACCUUCCUCGAAUCAUGUGGAGUUGCUGAUCUUGUUACUACAUGUUAUGGAGGCAGAAAUAGGAAAGUAUCGGAAGCUUUUGUUAAAACAAAAAAAAGUAUAGAAGAGUUGGAAAAGGAGAUGCUGAAUGGGCAAAAGUUACAGGGACCACAGACAGCAUCGGAGGUGAUCGCCUUUCUCUUGAUGAAGGAUUUGGAUCCGAAUGCAUAUCCACUUUUCUACUCUGUCUAUCGAAUUUGUUUUGAGAAUAUGCCAGCAUCAGAAUUCAUCACUUGUUUGCAAAACCACCCAGAACAUAUGUAGUGCUCCUCAUAAUCGCUGAUGCUUUAAUGGUUUGUUCCACAUAAUCGUUUCAUACGGUGCAAUUGAAUGAUCAACACUGAUAGCUGUAUCUCACUGAACCAUUUUCACCUCAUUCUUUACAGCACCAAAGGAUUACAAACAGAGGUUCUAGUACUUUCAAGAUUUAUUCCACAUAAUCGUUUCACAAGGUGCAUGCAAUUGAAUUAUCGAUCAAUUUUACUGACUGUAUUAUGAUUUUUAAUGAUUACUGUAUCAACACCUUAAAUAUUAUACUGUUUAAUUAUUUCUUUCCAUCAGUUAUCUGCAAAACAUGUCCGAAGAAACUGAGAAAUUUUCUGUUAAGUUUGCUGUAGUUCCAUGAUGCUAUGCAAGCAAAAAAUGUUUCUGACUAGGGUAUUUUUAUCUAUUACACUGCAUCAGUGGUAAUUUGGUACUUCAUUGGUUCUGAAGAAUAAAGCAUUCCCCAAUAUAACAAUUCCCAGCAUAUUCCUUUUAUGAAGAAUGACUCUAGGAAAUGAAUAUGUCAUAUUUUUCUAUUCUGUACAUUAUAAUAACAGAACAAAUCUGGUUUUCAUUCCUUUUUAUGAAAUGCUCCAUUACAGUAAUCAAGUAGACAAUUUUUACUAGUUUAGAUAAUGAUUUAGAAAUUUAAGAGCUACCUUAUAUUUCAUACCAGCUUGACUGUAAUACUAAUGGUGAAUAAAAUGCACUAAAAUCAA